CUAUCGAAUGUCGCUCGCCAGUUCUCAUAAGAACUUGAAAAGUAUCGACAUAUGUACGGCAAGACAUGGACGAGAGCACAGACGAGUUGAUCCGACCUGAGGAUUUCCCCCUUCCAAAUAGGUCUCAAGAGUCGUUAUGCUCGCAGGAGCUAAUUAGUUGGAAUAUCACUCCGCCGCUUCCUGCUCUGCAUGACCCUACUCAGCAGUUAGCACCGCCUGCGCCUCUGUCAUCGAUACCGAGUAAUGUUCCUCCGUCAACGUUAGAUGAAACUCAGCAGCUGGGCAAAAAUGAGUGGGAAUCUAUACUUUUAUUUUUUACUCUGGCAAUAGUGGCUUUUGUCGGUGCGCUGGAUGCGACUAGUCUACCUAUUGCUCUUCCAACUAUUGCGCGAGAAUUUAAUGCCAGCACCAGCCAGUCAUUCUGGGUAGGAAUAUCUUUUCUCCUCACGGUCGUAUUAUCCCAACCAAUUCACACGGGACUGUCCGGUAUUUUUGGGAGGAAGGAGAUUCUUUACCUGUGCCUCCUAUACUCCUCUAUUGGCUCCGUCAUAGCCGGCUUCUCUAAAAGCAUAUAUGUCCUUAUCGUUGGUCGAGCUUUGCAAGGGUUUGGCGCGGGUAGUCUAGAAACACUGUCUGAGGUCAUUCUGGGAGACUUCACAACGCCAGAAGAACACUGCCGCUACUUAACUAUCUUCGGCUUUAUCUGGGCAGCGGGCUUCGCAUCAGGUCCCUUGAUCGGGGCUACCUUUGCAGAAUAUGUAGAUUGGCGUUGGAUUCCCUGGAUCAACAUACCACUCCUAGCAAUCCCUAUCAUGCUUGUCCUCAUAUUUCGCAUACUCAAACCGAUCAAAUGUCCCCUCCGGUCCCAGCUUGGCCAAAUCGAUUGGCCCGCGAUAGCCCUCUUUAUACCAUCUCUCAGCCUUCUCACCGUGGGGGUGACCUGGACUGGCUCACAGGACCAAUGGGACUCGAUCGCAACUGUCGUCCUCCUAGCCCUCGGCAUCCUGUUCCUAGUCAUAUUUAUCAUCCGAGAAGGCUAUGCCCGCACACCUAUAUUCCCCUAUUGGCUCCUCACUACUAGGAGCGGAUUUGUCAGUCUAUUCGGAGCCUUCAUGCACGGCGCAGUCUUGUAUUCAACUAGUUUCUUCAUCCCGAUUUACCUCCAAGCCACCGUCCAGCUUAAUCCCGUCGCUGCAGCUACCAACAUGCUACCUCUCUCCGUUCUCGUCCCCGUAAUGGCAUUGGCCACUACCUUCGCAAGUAGGCAUUUGCAUCACCAUUAUGACUAUUUCAUAUGGACCGGCUGGUUCCUCACUACGCUGGGCAUCGGCAUCCUAAUCCUCCUCGAUGGCAAAACCAAUACGGCCAGCCGGCUUGGUCUGCAAGUCCUUGGCGCCAUGGGCUUAGGUAUCCUGCUCCCUGCCCUAGGUAUCCCGUUACAAGAACGAACAGAUGGCGAACAACAAACCGAAGCCACGAUGGGCAAUUUUAUUUUCGCCCGCCAGCUCGGAGCAGUCGUGGGCGUUUCGCUCGGUUCACGCGUGUUUUCGAACGCGUUCUCGGUUGAUGUUGCGAGGCUUUUACCUCUGCCCGAGGCGCUUUCCUCGCUUAGUGAUGGGAGUGCAGCGGUGAAUUUUAUCCCUUCACUAAAGAAUUUGGAGCUUGUGGUUGAUGAAAGGAGGGCGAUUACUGGUGUGUAUGAACGCGUCAUAAGGACUGUGUGGAUUGUUAUCACCGUCCUCAGUGCGUUGGGAUUGCUAUCCAGCAUCCUCAUCCGUGAGUUGAGGGUGGGAAGGAAGGAUAGUGGGAAGCAGGCACUGCAAGGGUGAUGUUUUUGCUAUUGCGAGGUUCUGAUGAGCAGUUCCCAUUUUACCUUGGGGAUUAAUGCUUGAUAAAAUCUUAUCUUUAAUUAUCUAUUAACCAUAGAGAAACACC